AUGAACGGUGCUGUUGAUCCCGAGAGGGAGCAGGCGCUGGAGGAGUACAAGCGGAGCCUCCUGGAUCUCCGGGAAUGGGAGGCCAAGCUGAAGGCGCUGCGGAUGGGCAUUAAAGACUUGCAGAGGGAGUUUGAUAUAUCGGAAGAGAAUAUCAAGGCUCUGCAAAGUGUCGGUCAGAUCAUCGGAGAGGUACUGAAGCAGCUUGAUGAGGAACGAUUCAUUGUCAAGGCUUCAUCCGGGCCCAGAUACGUUGUCGGUUGCCGUUCGAAGGUCGAUAGGGCGAAAUUGAAGCAAGGCACUCGUGUUGCCCUCGAUAUGACGACUCUCACCAUCAUGCGCAUGCUGCCGAGGGAGGUUGACCCGUUGGUGUAUAACAUGUCUCUGGAGGACCCUGGACAGAUCAACUUUGCUGGUAUUGGUGGUCUGAACGACCAGAUUCGCGAGCUACGUGAAGUCAUCGAGUUGCCGCUGAAGAACCCUGAGCUAUUCCAACGGGUGGGUAUCAAACCGCCUAAGGGCGUAUUGCUUUACGGACCCCCUGGAACCGGAAAGACGCUCUUGGCACGUGCCGUAGCAAGCUCUAUGGAGACCAACUUCCUAAAAGUUGUCUCAUCCGCUAUUGUCGACAAGUACAUUGGUGAAUCCGCACGGUUAAUCAGAGAGAUGUUUGGGUAUGCCAAGGAACACGAGCCUUGCAUUAUCUUCAUGGACGAGAUUGAUGCUAUCGGUGGCCGACGAUUCUCCGAAGGUACCUCCGCAGAUCGAGAAAUUCAGCGAACAUUGAUGGAGCUCCUCAACCAGCUGGACGGUUUCGACUACCUGGGAAAGACAAAGAUUAUCAUGGCUACAAACCGACCCGACACGCUCGACCCGGCCCUGCUGCGUGCUGGUCGUCUAGACCGAAAGAUCGAGAUUCCCUUGCCUAACGAGGUCGGUCGUCUUGAGAUUUUGAAGAUCCACUCCAGCGGUGUGCAACUGGAAGGCGACAUUGAUUUCGAGAGUGUUGUGAAGAUGAGCGAUGGUCUGAACGGAGCUGAUCUCCGUAAUGUUGUCACAGAAGCUGGUCUUUUUGCCAUCAAGGACUACCGAGAAGCGAUCAAUCAGGAUGACUUCAACAGGGCCGUUAGGAAGGUGGCAGAGGCGAAGAAGCUGGAAGGCAAGCUCGAAUACCAGAAGCUGUAG